AUGCUGCAUAAAACGGUAGUAUCACUUGGUCUUGCCACCAUCGCCCUUGCUCUUCCAACAGGCAGGGAUAACAACGGCCCCAGCAACUUCAUCGUCGCGCUCAAGCCAACUGCCGACGUCGACCUUGAUCUGCACGCUCGAUGGGUGUCGGAUGUGCACGGACAAGCCCUUGCCCGCCGUGGCGUCGAGUCCAGUGGGAUUGACAAGACGUUUAGUUUCCCUGGUUUCAAAGGGUACUCGGGCUCGUUUGAUGAGGAUACUAUUCAGAUCAUCAAGGCCAAUUCCAGUGUUUUGCAUGUUGAACCAGAACAGGCCUUCACUAUCGCCUCACCAGUCACACAGCAGUCUCCUCCUUGGGGUCUCUCAGCAAUUUCCAAUGCCAACCCCCCAUCUUCAAAGGCCUCGUACACAUACGAUUCGACGGCCGGAGCGGGCACGUUUGUCUAUGUUCUAGACAGCGGCAUUUACCUCGAGCACGAGGAAUUUCAGGGCCGCGCUGUUUUUGGUGCAGACACGUCAGGUGUUACCACCAAGAAGCAGCACGGUACGCUUGUCGCUGCCAUUGUCAACGGUGCCACAUAUGGAGUUGCCAAAAAGGCGACUGUUGUGGAUGUGCAAGUUCUGGGCGAUGAUGGCGGUUCGUCCAGUGGUGUCUUGGCUGGUCUUAGCUGGACGGUCAACGACAUUGUGUCCAAGAAUCGCGCUGGUAAGGCUGUGAUUAACAUGAGCUUGUCAGGAGGCGACUCGGUCAUCCUCAACGAGGCGGUGCAGAAGGCGAUUGACGCCGGAAUCCCUGUCGUCGCAGCCGCAGGGAAUUCAAACGAAGACGCUUCAAAAAGCAGUCCCGGGAACCAACCUAACGUGAUAACCGUCGCGGCCAGCAACAAAGACUAUCAGCGAUGGGCUCACUCCAACUGGGGGUCAGCUUGUGAUAUCUUUGCUCCAGGUGAAGAAAUCACAUCGGCUUGGCCCACGUCUGCUUCGGCUACUCGCGUUGCAAGCGGCACGUCAGAGGCUUCUCCGCAUGUCGCAGGGGUUAUUGCGUAUCUUUUUGCACUGGAAGGCUCGCGCACGCCGGCUCAGAUUUGGUCUCGACUCAAGGAGCUGGCGAUCAAAGAUAAGAUCACAGAUGUCAAGGGGGUUCCAAACCUAUUGGUAUACACCGGAAUUGGCAAAUAA